AUGGCUACAACUGACGCAGAGCAGCUCCGUCUGAGCGGCUUCAAGCGCAUCCUACUGCGUUUGGACGACGACACGCGCCGCAAAUACUGCUGUCGAGCGGUCGAAGAGGACCUGCACCAUGUCAAGAAGCAGGUGCGGUCGUGCGUGGCCUCGAUGACCGAGGUGAAGCAGGUGCACGACGCGACGCGGAAGCUGCACGCCAGUCAACAGACCGCCGUCUCGAGUGAGCUGUUGACGGACUUAGAAACGCUGCAGGUCAAGUUAGAAAUGGCCAUAAAUAAGGGAUGCGGGGCUCCAAGCAGCUCGUUGGCUGUGGCAAACAAAGAGGCGAGUUCGAAACGUGUUGCGAAGCCCAAGCAAGAAGCUGAAGCGCGUGGGGAUGACCCCGUGAAGGUGCAAAACAAGGAAGCCAAGAGUUUGGUGAAAAAGAUUCAACGGAUGCAAGACCUCAAGACCGCUGUGGACAGUAUCCAAAAAGUGCAGCAGCUGAUGCCCGUGCUGACCAAAACAGCAGACGUCGGACUGAUAAAGACGUGGAAAAGGCGCGUGACCGAGGUCGGGCACCAUGCUGUGACUCUAGUGACGGAGAAGGACAACGAUCAUCAGGUGGUGCAACGGCUUGAAAAGACGCUCAAUAAAAUGGUCGGCAAGUGUCCGGGGCUCCAGGCGUGGAAAGCCGACGUGAAGAAGCAGCUCAUUGCCAGGAUGAAAGCAAGGGGUGCGCCAGCAGAGAAGAGCAAGAAGAAGCAGGCGAUUGUGCUGCCGCAUGAUGGCGAGGCGGCUAUGGCGAGCGGUGCGCCAUCAGCUGUCCAGCUGACGACCAAAUCUAGCAACAAAGAGAAGAAAAAGGGCCAGUCAGCUAAAAAGGCUCGAGCACAACUGCAACGAUGCUCGCGAGAGGUGCGCGCGUUGCGCGACAAGUUUGACCUCGGCGCGUACGACGUGAACCUGAGUCGCAUGGUUACGAUCGUGGACUCCCUUUGGUCGGGGAUCGAGCACUCGGAGGUUGUUUUGCUGACCACGGCGCUCUUCACAUUGGUAGAAACGGUGGAAAAGGUAGCGGACCAUACGAAGCGCCGAGACCGCCUCGUGUGUCUCGAAAGUGUGCUAGCUGUCGUGUCGGGCUCGUCGGAGUUGCAACUGACAACGAGGCGGAAGACGAUAGUAGACGAAUAUGCGAACAACUGCCGCCAGUCGUUGGAUCAGCUGAACCGCGAAGGCAAGACACGGGCUACUAGCAGCACUAGUGAGCAUGCUGUGGUUCCAGGAGCUAGUCUCGCGAAAAAAUACUGCUAG